AUGCCAGUCCUGGAGAAAACAAACCAGUUGCUCUGUUUACACCACUCUGUGAAAUUAGAGCACCCAAGUUACCAUGGCAACACACUGUCACAGACUUUCUUAGACAGCCUCCCAUCAAAGAUUUAUGGUGACAUGAACCGAGAGCUCUCAUUCCGUCAGGGCCUGGCCUCAUCCCUAACCACACUGCAGAGGUUGUUAGGAAAGGAUAAAGUCCGCUGUACUUUUAUACUCCCUCAUUACCAUACGGCUGAUCUGGAAGUCCAUCUGGAUGUGGACGGCAGGCCGGUCCAAAUUGAUGGUGUAUCUGACCAAAGUACAAAACCCGACGUUCAUAAAAGAAUAGCUAUUGAGGUAACAGGACAGAAUCAGUAUGCUGUAGACAGUGAAAUGUUACUGGGGAAUCCCCGCAGUAAGCUGAGACAACUGAACAAACUUGGUUACAUCACUCAUGUGAUAUCUGCUACUGAUGCCAAGAAACUUGAUACCAUGGAUUCUCCUAGCAGAGAAGAAUAUUUGAGAAGUAUUUUGCGUACAGAGUUGAAAGCAAAAUUAUGAAAAUAAAACACUUGCUAUCAAAAUUUA